CAAAUAGCGAGGGUCUGUCAGAGAUGUGGAGUCUUGUGUUGCUCGCUGGCCUCUUGACAAAUUGCCUCACAAGUGAUGGCAAGCUCAUCUCGUGGGAGGCACAUUAUCCUGACUCUCAUGACGCACCGGAGACGCCAGGCGUCGGGCGCGUCGGCAUCGUGGGCCCUGGGGAGGUGGGGAAGCUGGGUGACGUCACCAACGGCACCGGGUUCACCGGCAUCGUCGACGGCGGCGUGGGCGUGGCCGGCGCUGUGAAGGGAGGCGUCGGCGUCUCCGGCCUCGUCACUGGCGGCGGAGUUGCAGUGGUUGGCGCCGUCCUCGGCGGAGUUGGCGUCUCUGGCUGGGUUGCCAACGGCACGGGAGUGGCAGGAGAUAUAAAAGGUGGCAUCGGCGUGGACGGCUUCGUGGGGGGCAAUAGCACAGGUGUGCACGGAGAUGUCAGCAGUGGCAUUGGUAUAUCUGGUGCCAUCGAAAAUGGCACAGGUGUCCAUGGAAAAGUAAGCGGAGGCACGGGCGUCUAUGGCACUAUCAAGAACGCAGUUGGCGUAAGAGGAAAUAUAAGUGGUGGGGUGGGGGUAAUUGGAACUCUUAAUGACGGAGUCGGGGUAGUAGGCUCCGUUAGCAAUGGCACUGGGGUGAAUGGCGUGGUGAAAGGGGGGAAAGGUGUUCUUGGGAAUAUAAGAAACGGCACUGGCAUCAGGGGCAACGUCGAAAGUGGAACAGGUGUCAUGGGGUAUGUUAUAGGAGGCACAGGCCUGAACGGCACAGUAGAGAAUGGCACUGGGGUAUUUGGCAUGGUCUCGGGCGGAACCGGGGUGGCCGGGACUGUGCUUGACGGCACGGGUGUGAAUGGAACCAUCCUGAGUGGCACGGGCGUGAACGGGAGUGUGAGCGGAGGCACGGGCGUCGCGGGAGUCAUCGGCAGAGGCACCGGCGUGUCUGGCGUGGUCAACGGAGGCGUGGGCGUGAGAGGGUUCGUCGUACCAGACACCUAUCUGACUCGCCUGCUUAGGGAAACGCCGGCUGCUGGAACAGUUGGCGAUGAAACCCCAUACAUUGGUGGGGAAUCUCAAGUAGUUAGUGGUAGAACAGCAGGCACUGGUGGUGAAUCGACAGGUAUUGGCGGCGAAUCUCCGUUAUUGGUGUUCAAACACCGUUUACUGUGGUGAAAUAUCACUAGGUGAAUAACUUCAGAUAUAGGAGGUAAAUCUCCAUUUGUCAUGAUCUUAGAAAUGAAUCUCCGCUUCUUGGGAUGCAGUCACCAUUUGUUAGGGAUGAAGCACCAUUUCUGAAAGUGAAUCACCAAUAUCUGGGAUGAAGCACUAAUUCCUGAGGAUGAAUCAUCACUCGUUGGUGGAGAAUCACUAAUUGCUGGAGAUGAUUCACCAACACCUGGAGAUGAAGCACUAAUUCCUGGUUACGAAUCAUCACUCGGGGGAGAAUCACCAAUUGCUGGAGAUGAAUCACAAAUAAUUGGGGAGAAAGCAUUACAUGUUAGGGAUGAAUUCCCAAUACCUAUAGAUGUAGAUCCACCUACGGGUGAAGCACCGAUACCUAUGGAGGUAGAUCCACCUACGGAUGAAGCACCGAUACCUAUGGAUAUAGCACGUAGGGAUAAAGCACCAAGUUCUGUGGAUGAAGCACCAAUAUCAGGGGAUGGAUCACUAUUUGUUAGGGAUAAAAUACCGAUUGCUGGAGAUGAAUCACCAAUUUCGAGAGAUAAAUCAGCACCUGCUCAGGAUGAAGCACCGGUUUCUGGGGAUGAAUCAUCAUUUGUUGGGGGUGAAUCUGUAAUUCCUGAAGAUGAAUUGCCUGUUCCUGGAGAUGAGUCACCAUUUGUUGGGGAUGAAUCACCAACUCCCGGGGGCGAGCCUCCAACUUCUAGGGAUGAAUCGCCACUUGUUGGGGGAGAAGAAUCAAUUGUUGAGGCUGGAGCUGCGGGCGAGGCCCCCAAUAGCGGAGGCAGCGCGUCGCUUGACGGGAGGUCGGCCGCUGAUGAAGCCCCGGCCAUACCCUCGGAGGUGCCUGCUGUGCCUCUUCCAGUCUUCGGAGAGGCACCCGCUGUGGGUGGCGAUUCCGUUGUUGCUGAUGACGCUGACGGAGGCGAGGGUAAAG